AUGGACAAGUCGAAUCAAAAGUGUACUGUUAAAGCUAUUAGGUUUCAAGCGCCUCAAAUAAAAUUAGCUUUGCAAAAAUUGUAUGAAUCUAGUGGUAAUGAUGCUAAGACUAAGAGUGAAUGUGAAAGUUUAGCUAAUUGUGUUGCAAGUUAUGAAUUUUUACUUGGCAUUGUGAUUUUGUAUGACAUUUUAUUCUCAAUUAACAAUGUGAGUAAGAAAUUGAAAACUAAGUCUAUGUUUAUUGGAGCUGCAAUGAAGGAAGUGAAAGAGCCUACACUUCCGACAAAGCGUCAAAUAUUUAGAAAAAGGCAUAAUGGUAAUGAUGAAGAAUUACAAUCACCUGAGGAAUCUUUUAGAGUUAAUUAUUUUUUGCUGGUUGUUGAUAUGGCAAUAAACUCUUUGAAAAAUAUAUUUGAACAAUUAGAGGUGUUUGACAAUAUAUUUGGAUAUUUGUUUCAUUCAAACAAAUUAAAGUCAUUAGACAAUGAUGAAUUAAAAAAAUCUUGCAUCAAUUUUAAGACUACUUUUUCUCAUAAUAAUUUGUCUGAUGUUGAUGCAGAUGAUCUUUUCUCAGAAUUAAAAGUAUUGCAAAUGACUUUACCAAAUAUGUUGAUGUUGGCACAUGAGAUUCUAGAGUUUUUCAAAGAUGUCGAUUGCUUUCCAAAUGCAUCAAUAGCUUAUCGGAUACUAUUGACUAUGCCGGUAACGGUUGCAUCUACCGAAAGAAGUUUUUCGAAGUUGAAAUUAUUGAAAACCUACUUGAGAUCAUCAAUGUCUCAAGAAAGGUUGAAUGGUUUAGCUACUUUAUGUAUUGAGAGAACUAUGUUAGAGCAUAUUGAUGUAGAAACUAUUAUUAAUGACUUUGCAUCUAGAAAUGCUAGAAGGAAAAAUUUUGUAUAA